GAGAAUGAACGUCAUUUCGGUGUCCAUCCUAAACCCAUUAAACAUAUUGGAUUUGGGAAGUAGGUUCUUCACUGUUUAUCAAUUUCUUUUGGGGAUAUAGAGUCCAAAACGAACGAUCCGAACAACCCACAUUUUCCCUCUCUCUGUCCUGCUAUAAACUAGUGGAGUUAGUACUAUUUCAUAUCUUCUCUCUCUGCAGAAUCACUAAAAAUAACACUCCAACGAUUUCCUCUGUAUUUAUUUCCCGAUUUAGUAAUUAAUUCGAAAACCCAAUUUGAUCUUCUUGAAAAAAAAAAGAGUCAUCUUUAUUUAUUUUUCUUGGUGGGUUUUGACAGAAACUCGUAUAAGGAAAAAGAGGGUACAAGAAGAAGGAAAAAAAGGAGCGUUUUUUUAUUUUGGCACUGUCAUAUAUAUAGAGUUCUUGAAUAAUCAUGGCUGUGGUUGAGAAUGCUGCUAUUAACGUUGUUGGCUCAUCGAAUCCCGGAAGAAUUGUACAGAAAGAUGUUGGCCUCGAUCAUCAGUCAGUGAAAACGAAACAGAACAACAGUGUGCAGAAGUCGAAGGUAUCUAGCGAUCAGAAUUUCGAAAUUAUGUCUGUUAAUCAGCAGCAGCAGCAGCAGCAAGAACCCCAGAAAGGUAAUGAAAUUCAGCAAGAACAGCACAGCGUCAACGGUAAUGGAGUGUUGGGUAAUCACAGUAGUCAACAUGAGCAUCCGAAAAUGAACGGUGUUGAUUCAAGGAAUGGAGGGUCGGUUGAUGGUGAGGGUGGUGAUGAAGGGUUUAAGAAGGAGAUGAGAGAUUUGGAGGAAAUGCUUUCCAAAUUGAAUCCCAUGGCUGAAGAGUUUGUGCCUCCGUCAAUGGCUAACAACAACAUGCGACUGCCAUUUCCACCUGGCACAGUGCAUUUUGGCUUUGAUGCUAACAAUUUUCUAAUGCAGACUGAGGCCAAUGGAAAUUCCAACAGAAGGAAGAAGAAUGGCUAUGGUUAUGGAAGGAGAAGGAUGAAUACCCGAACAGGCAUGGCCCAAAGGGAAGAUGUUAUAAGGAGGACGGUUUAUGUAUCCGACAUUGAUCAUCAGGUGACUGAAGAGCAGCUCGCAGCACUUUUUCUUGGCUGUGGACAGGUUGUCGACUGUCGUAUCUGUGGUGACACCAAUUCUGUACUUCGAUUUGCCUUUAUUGAGUUUACAGAUGAAGAAGGUGCAAGGAGUGCUUUGAGUCUUGCAGGAACUAUGCUUGGGUUUUAUCCCGUGAGAGUGCUUCCUUCUAAAACUGCGAUUGCACCAGUUAAUCCAACUUUUCUUCCAAGGUCUGAAGAUGAAAGAGAGAUGUGUGCUAGAACUGUAUACUGUACAAAUAUUGAUAAGAAGGUUACUCAAGCAGAUGUCAAGCUGUUCUUUGAGUCCUUUUGUGGAGAGGUUUAUCGCUUGAGGUUGCUUGGUGACUAUCAUCAUUCGACUCGUAUAGCUUUUGUUGAGUUUGUCAUGGCAGAGAGUGCAAUUGCAGCACUCAACUGCAGUGGUGCAAUCCUAGGAUCACUUCCCAUAAGGGUAAGCCCAUCCAAGACUCCUGUGCGGCCCCGUUUUCCUCGCUAAGCAGUGCUCUGAAAAAUCACUUUGGCAUUGCUUUUCAGUUGGUCCUUUUGCUUAUAAGCAUAUCUAAAUAUAUCCUACAUAUAGUAUUAGAGUACUUUUCUGGUAUUUGUCUUUUAGUUUUCCGUACUUAAUCUCAUCUGGGAAUCUCUAAUCCGCGGUUUACUUAUCAGGUUUAUUAAGCUUAUAGAGUUGGGCUGGUUUAUGAGGGCGUAAGUAGAUGUUAUUAAGUUGGUAUAUUAUGUUUCUAUAGACAAUGCCUUGGUACCAAUACUAGAUGGAUGUUCUUAAUUUACAGUUAUAUUUAUCAGUAACUUUCUCGAAA